AUGAUGGAGAAUCUGUCAACACAAGAGCAGCAGCUCUGCGACUUCCUCAAGACACAACCCCGCGUUCACAACAACCGGUACACAGAUUCCGCAGAGAAUGCUCUUCUCCAAGCGCUUUUCUGGUCUCUGGCAUGUGGACGACCAGAAUACCUAAAGCUUUUCUUCCCAGACAAUACUCGACCUCUACCAAAUGCAACCUGGAAGUUGCGACGAGCACAAGGCAACUCGGACGGAGAUGAGUUUACAGAGGCGGCGAGAGGCAAGGCCUGCGGUCAUAUCUUCAAAGCCGGCGAAGCUACAUACAGAUGUAAAACAUGUAGUCAAGAUGAUACUUGUGUUUUGUGCAGUCACUGCUACGAUGCCUCAGAUCAUGCAGGUCAUAUGGUAUACGUCAGUGUAUCUUUGGGCAACAGCGGAUGCUGCGACUGUGGAGAUCCUGAGGCAUGGAAACUCCCAGUACAUUGCUCGAUACACACACCUCAUGCAGACGAUUCACCAAACAAGGACAAAGGCAAGGCGCCUACCUUGCCGCAGGACUUAGUCGAAGCUAUCCGUAUGACUAUUGGGAGAGUGUUUGACUACAUCUGUGAUGUGAUCUCCUGUUCUCCAGAGCAGCUCCGUUUACCGAAGUCUCGAGAAACGAUUCUUCUAGAUGAGAAAUUGUCUCGACUUACCUCAAGAUAUUAUCAGGGAGAUAUAGUGGAGGAGCCUUACGAGUUUGCCUUGUUAUUAUGGAACGAUGAGAAACAUACGGUCAAUGAGGUUCGGGAUCAGGUCGCCAGGGCCUGUAAGGUUUCCAUUGCAGAAGGUAUGCAGAGAGCCAAUGAGACGGACGAUGUUGGCCGAAGUAUUGUCAAGUACGGCUUCGAUGUGGAUGAUCUGCUUCAUGUUUCGAAGGUUAUCGAACAGAUAAAGGUUACCGUUACCAUUCGGUCUGCAAGAGAUACGUUCCGAGAACAGAUGUGUGGCACCAUUAUUGAGUGGUUGAGUGACAUUGCUGGAUGCAGUGUUGGUCCAGAUCAUAAUAUCCUUCGCCAGGUCAUAUGCGAGGAGAUGCUCAAGGAAUGGAGCACAGGAAGCGAAGCCAGCAAUAAAUUCGUGGGCAUGAAGGGUAUCGAUGAUCACCAAAUCGAAGACAAUGCUGUUUAUAACAACAUCAAUCGAGGCUUGAUGUUUCCGGAUGCUGCAGCUUGGAGAGCAGCCGCCAUGGCAGCAAAUGCUCGAGCAGAAGACUCAAGCGAAGAUGAUGACGACGAUGGAGACGACGGAGAUGCCGAAGUAGAUGAUGAAGCCUCGGAUGAGGAUGAGGAUGAUGAAGUCGAUCGAAUCAUGAUGAAUUUGGUAACCGGGGAUGAUGAUGGAUCUGAUUUUGGGGAGGGGGUCGCAACAAUUGUUGUCCCUGUGAACGCAACAUUCCCAUUCCAGGGUACCCAAACGACUGAUGCCGACGGUGAUAUCGACAUGAAUGCGAAUGAUACCGAAACCUCGCCAAUGGAGGAAUCAGAAGCUACAAUGGCCGGUUAUCCCCCUCCUCCACCUCCGCCACCUCCUCCAGCUCGGCCUAUCAGGGACAGAGAUCUUACUCCUUCCGAUUCUGACACCGCUGAAAUGCAACCGUUGAUCUCUCAUAAUGUAUACGCCAAGGCAAAUAUCGAAAUUCCAAAGACUCCGGGGCCAACUCGUCAUGUGCCUGCACCACCAAGCCCUCCCCGAUACUGGUUGGAAACACCACCAGCAUUUAGUGACAGAGAUUCCGUACCACUCCACGAAGACUUAUGGAAACGUCUUCGACUGGACUGGAUGAUACUGUUCGACUUGAGAAUGUGGAAGAAGGUUCGUGUUGAUCUACGAGAUCUGUACAUAUCCACAGUCGUUUCAAUCCCGGAGUUCAAGCGGGUUCUUGGACUGCGAUUUGCAGGUCUAUACACGACUUUGGCGCAGCUGUAUCUCAUCGCCGACCGAGAACCAGACCACUCCAUUAUCAACAUUUCCCUCCAGAUGUUGACGACGCCAACUAUCACCGCUGAAAUAGUCGAGCGAGGAAAUUUCUUGACCAAUUUAAUGGCAAUACUGCACACCUUCUUGACCACGAGACAAGUCGGUCACCCCCAUGAGAUCAGCCCGAAUGCUACGCUGGCAUUUGAUUCUGGUUCUGUCACAAACCGUAGGAUGUACCAUUUUUUCAUGGACUUGAGAUAUCUCUUCAGCUCCGAGCACGUUCAGGAAAAGCUGCGUACUGAAGAUAGAUAUAUGAUGCAGUUCUUGGACCUUGUGAAAUUACAUCAAGGGAUUUGUCCAAAUCUGAGGGCUGUUGGAGAGCAUGUCGAGUAUGAGACCGAUGCCUGGAUCAGUGCAUCAUUGAUCACCCGCGAGAUCAACAGAUUAUGCAGACAGUUCUCCGAAUCGUUCAAAUGGAGUGUGGGCGAAGACCAGACGUUUAUCUCCAAAGCCAUCAGACUUGCUGCCAAGACUGUUAUCCUCAACUCGUUAGGCACAGAAAGAAAACGAUUCCUACAAGCAGAGAUCAAGGACGAGAUCAAGUUCAAGAAGGUUGGCGACUAUGAGUUUGAUACGACCGAGAUGUCAAACAGUGUUCUCCAACACUCUGUCGUGAAAUUUGUUGUUGAGGCCCAGCCGAUCAGCUUUCACCACGCCCUCCACUACACCUUAUCAUGGCUUAUUGAGUGUGGCAAGAAUAUGUCACGAGAGGAGCUCACGCAACUUCUGAGCUUCACCACCUCAGAUCUUACACAGAAGCCAAGAGCUAUGGGUCAACGAGCAAUGCCAAUCCAGUCCUACACUCCUGAAGAUCACCUGAUGGCUGCUUUUGACUACCCCCUCCGUGUCUGCGCAUGGUUAGCUCAGAUGAAAGCCGGCAUGUGGGUGAGAAAUGGGAUGAGCCUUCGUCAUCAGAUGGGUACAUAUCGUGGCGUUAGCCAGCGAGAUGUCUCUCACCACAGAGAUAUUUUCUUACUUCAAACUGCUAUGGUCGUAUGUCCGCCAUCCCGAGUUCUAGUGUCGAUCAUUGAUCGGUAUGGACUAGAACACUGGAUGAAGGGUAUUUACGAGCAGAAGGGCGAUGGAUUAGAGGAUGGACACGUUCUCGAUGUUGUCGAGGAUUUGAUCCACCUUCUGAUCGUCUUGAUCAGCGACAGAACAUCGCUUGCUUCAACCGAUCCACAUGUCUUGGCGAUGCGUCGUGAUAUCACUCAUGUUCUCUGCUUCAAGCCAUUAUCGUUUUCUGAAAUCUGCAGCAAGCUGCCCGACAAAUUCCAAGAUCAAGAAGAAUGUCAAAACAUCCUCGAUGAGAUGACGAUUUUUAAGGCUCCAGAGGGCCUUUCAGACGUUGGCACGUUUGAGCUCAAACCAGAGUUCUUGGAAGAUAUCGAUCCUUACAUCGCUCACUAUAACAAGAACCAGAGAGAAGAAUCGGAGAUGGCGUACAAGAAUUCAAUCGCGAAAAAGACUGGGAGAGCAGCUUCAGACAUCGUGUACGAACCAAAGCUUCGACCAGUAGAGUCACGAGCAUUUGCAGAUCUUUCGGCUUUCACCAGAACUGGCAUUUUUGCACAGAUCAUCUACUAUGCUCUGUUAUACCCAAUGAAAGCGCAAGAGCUGACGCCUUCGGUUCCAGUCACAAGGGUAGAAGCAUUCCUACAAGUUGUUUUGCAUCUGGUACUCAUCGCUAUCUCCGAGGACAAGACUGACGAAGAUGAGAUGUCCGAGGAAUCGCUCCAGUCUUUCGUUUACAUCGCCUUGACGCAAGCAGGUCGUAGCAACUUUCUGUCCAAUGCGCCGGCCUCAAAAACCAUUGCAUCCAUUCUCGAGAUUCUCUCUCGGAAAGAGGAAUACAAAGCCUGUCACCCCAAGAUCACUCUGGUGCUGAAGCGGAUGAAGCAGAAGCAACCGCGCAAUUUUGAGAACGCAUUUGCUAGACUUGGUGUGCCAAUCGAUCGCAUCUCUACGGCAUCUCCUGCCAACAGUAACAUCCUCGAGGAGCGAGAGAAAAAGAAGCAAGCAGCAAUGGCGCGGCAAGCCAAGGUCAUGGCGCAGUUCCAGCAACAGCAAAAGAAUUUCCUCGAUAACCAAGGUGAUAUUGACUGGGGCGAAGAUGAUGUCAGUGAUGAGAAUUUAGAGGUCGAAGCCGAAGAUGACCACAAGACCUAUUGGCAAUAUCCUUCAGGCACAUGCAUCCUAUGUCAAGAGGAGACUAAAGACGGCCGACUUUACGGAACGUUCGCUUUGAUGACCAAGAGCAAUAUUCUACGCCAAACAGAUUUCAGCGAUCCUGACUUUGUCCGCGAAGUUACCAAGAUUCCUGCAAAUCUUGAUCAAUCCGCUGACAAUGUUCGUCCAUUUGGUGUUGCCUGCGAAAAUCGAACCUCGGUUCCUAAAGUCACAUCCAGUGGUACUGAGAUAAUUGCAGAACGUCAGUUUAUUGGGAAAGGCUUUCCAGCAAGCUCAUCUCGAAUGGGCCCAAUAUCGUCAGGUUGCGGGCACAUUAUGCAUUACAAGUGCUUCGAAGUAUACUAUGAAGCUUCAACUCGAAGACAUCAGCAUCAGAUUGCUCGCCAUCAUCCAGAGAAUAUUGAGCUGAACGAGUUCGUUUGUCCGUUGUGCAAGGCAUUGGGGAACACUUUCUUACCAAUCAUCUGGUCUCCCAAGGAAGAGCUGCCCCUGACGCGCUUCCAGCCCCAAUCCGAGUUUGCUGAUUGGGUCGCUCAUACAGCAGAUCCUAAUGCUCCAGGAAGGCCUCAUGGCAUUGACUAUGUUUCAGAAAGCGCAAGCAGUCGCACAUUCCAGGUCUUCAUGCAGAACAACAACUCAUUUCUUCCUGCGGCGCUAUCGUCUCGGGUGAUGGAGCUUUACCAUCCUUCCGAUUCAUGGGCCCAGCAUGUUCCCCGUAGCCCGGGACACGCAGAAGCCUACUCGGAGGUGCAGCCAAUGCCUCCAUUUAUCCCAAGACCGCAAGCACCAGCUGUUGUCUGGGCUAAUGACGGGGCCGCAUCGGGUAGUAACCAGGCUGCUCCAGCACCUCCCAUUUCCCCGAUGAAGGAGUUGAUACAAAUAUAUCGCCGGUUGAGAGAUACUAUGACUAAGAAUGAGCUCACAUCCAAUCAUCAAUUCCUCAAACCCCUUCCCUCUGGUGAGGGCACUGCUCCAAACGACAUUGGAUUCACAGAUACAAUCGCCCAAACCCUGGGCUACUCGAUAUCUUCGGUUGAAAUUCAACAACGUGGUGUUGGGAGUGAGGGCGGAAUGACAUUCAUCGAGACUGUGCCACAACAGGCACUUGCCCAUUUGAGAAUACUUUCGGAUACCGCUGCUUCAUAUAUCUCGAUCGGAGGAAUGAGGACCAGAGGUGAUAAUGUCGUUACCAGAGAGUUCUCAGCCGAUUACGAACGGCAGCACUUGCAGCUAUUCCUCCGCUUUGCAUCCAAUACCGGGCGGGACUUAAAUGAAGAGCUCAGUGCAUUGGCUAGGAAGGAUCAGACCUUGCUUAGUCAAGAUACGUUCGUCUUCCUUACAGAGUGCUCGCUCUGUCUCGCUCCUGUGGAUAAUAUGGAUAUUGUCCACAUCGCACAGCUUUGUUAUCUUGCCGAGCUCGUAAAAGUUGCAAUCAAAAUGAGUCGCAACAAGGGCAAUUCGGAGUACCUCCGGUGGAUUGCCUCCUACCCCGGCCAAUCCGAAUCCAUGACUCUUUUUGCAAACUUUUGCUAUACCGUUCGCGAAUGGGACUUGGAAGAUUGGAACCACGACAAGGAUGGUCCGAUGAGCACUGCAAUGGAGCAAGAAUGUUUCAAUGGCCUGCAAUCAAUCAUAGAUUUCAUGAAGAAGUAUGCACUGGUCUUCCUUCGCAAGGCGGCUCUGCUCCUUCAUGUCCGUCACGGAGCCGCAUUCCAAGACUUCAUCUCAACCAACCCAUCUGCUGAUGAGUUGGAUCGUCUAUCCGAGGCCAUGCAUCUACCCUCUUUUGACAACAUGUUGCGCUCCAUAUUCGAGAGUCCACACCUCAACACCCUCGUUUAUGGCUGGGUCAGACACGCCAGUAUUCCCAACGAACCACCCAGCAUCAUCCGCCUGAGCCACCCUGCCAUCUUCGAGUUGAUCGGCCUUCCCAAGAACUACGAUACUCUGAUGGAAGAGACCAUGAAGCGACGCUGCCCUACUACUGGCAAGGAUGUCUCCGAUCCAAUGCUUUGUCUCCACUGCGGCAUCAUCAUUUGCGGCCAGAGCAUCUGCUGCUUGAAACCUGCUUCGCCAACUAGAACUGGCCGAGGACAGUACAUAGGCGGUGCCCAACAGCACAUGCGCAAAUGCCAAAAGAACAUCGGUCUCUUCAUCAACAUCCGCAAGUGUACAGUCUUCUACGUUUACCACACGUCGGGCUCUUGGAUGGUCGCCCCUUACAUCGAUAAGUACGGCGAGGUCGACCCUGGACUCAGGCACAGUCGCCAAUUGUUCUUAAAUCAGAAGAGAUACGAUGCGUUGUUGCGUACCGUGUGGCUUGGCCAUGGUGUGCCAAGUGUCAUUAGUCGAAAGCUGGAGAUGGAUAUCAAUAACGGUGGCUGGGAGACUAUCUAG